AUGAAGGUGGAACAAUUUGGCAGUAAAUUCUUCUUGGGAAAGCUUUGUCGAAAUUUUGAAGAACCGCCGCUCCAUUUUUUACAAGGGAUUUGGGGAAGUGCCUUUUGCAUUUUAUUCAAACGAUUAUUUGAGGACAACAGGAAACUGGAUCCGGUAGAAAUGAUUCGUCAGAAUAUAUCUGAUGAACUGGAUAAGAAGCAGGAAUGUUCGUCAACGGAUAGCAGUGAUUCGGAAGAGGAAACUGAAGAUAACGACAGCCGGCGGGAAUCGAACGAUUCCAUACAGAGUGACGUCACUAUGAUGUCAGAUGGCAGUUGUGUGUCUGACCUGGACAAGGACCUGGACGCAGUUGACAACUUUCAACCAAAUUUUCGUCGAAACUCACAAGACAACAUUUUGGAUGUAGAAACAGCUCGGCGGAAUGCGUUCGAGAGCCUGAAUAAGUGUAUUGCACCAGACGACACGCUAAAUGAUCUCUAUGAGUACAAUGAUGACGACGACGAGGAGGAGGAGGAGAAGAAAGUGUUAAAUUGUCGUCUGGUCAGAAAAAAUGGACGACGAUAUCGACAUAAAUUAGACAGAUCAGAAGUAAAACGAAAACAGUCGACAAAGAAAGAAUAUGGAUUCUGGAGAAAAGUCAUGAUAGGUCUCGUUGAAAAUAAAAACAUUGAAAUCUUGAGUACGCGGGCUGGACGUGCUGGCAUUGUUCACAACCCCAUGCGUGGAUUAUCGUUGCAAAAACUCUACCCACUGUCUCCAUUUACUCAAAUACCCCCUAAAGAACACUUUUCAACUCCUGACGAAUUUGAUGGAAAUUUUGAGAUGCACAGCACUGAGAUAAAGAAGUUAUACAUGGUUGAUGCCGGAUUGACUUUUAACUCACCGUAUCCAUUAGUUUUGCGACCACAACGAGCUGUCAGUCUUAUUUUGUCCUUUGAUUUCAGUGCCCGACCGUCAGACGAUCACCCUCCUUUCUAUGUAAUGAACUCUCUCUCUCUCGCUCGCUCUUUCUCCCUCUCUCGCUCGCUCUCUCUCUCGCUCUCUCCCUCUCUCUCUCGCUCUCUCUCCUCUCUCCGCUCGCCUCCUCUCUCUCUCCUCUCUCUCUCGCUCGCUCUCUCCCCUCUCUCUCUCUCUCUCGCUCUCUCUCUCUCGCUCUCUCUCUCGCUCUCUCUCGCUCGCUCUCUCUCUCCCUCUCUCUCUCUCGCUCGCUCUCUCUCUCGCUCUCUCCCUCGCUCGCUCUCUCACUCUCUCCUCUCUCGCUCUCUCCCUAUCUCUCUCUCUCUCUCUCUCUCCGAAUUGUUGCUUGCAGAGAAAUGGGCCCGUAUCAAUAACAUCCCGUUUCCUCCAAUCGACACAUCUGUGUUUGAAAAAGAAGGAAUGAAAGAGUUGUACGUUUUCAGAAAUCCCAACGAUCCCUACUGCCCAGUGGUCAUGCAUUUUGUCCUUUGUAACAAAACAUUCCGUGAAUUUAAAGCUCCCGGAGUUCCUCGAGAGACCCCUGAAGAAAAAGAAUUCGCCAACUUCAGCAUUUUCGAAGACCCGGCCGCACCAUACUCGACCUUCAACUUCAAGUACAGUCAUCUAGCAUUCGAUCGCCUGGCUAAACUGACCGAGUUUAAUACGUUGUUGCAUGUGGAAGAAAUCAAGAAGUGCAUAGCCGAGCAGAUUGAGCUGAAACGCUUCCUGCCCACCAGGGUACCGGUCGAUUCGAAGAACGUGAAGCAUUUGCCAAUCAAAGAUGUCAACCGGCAGGCCAUUCUGAAGAACUAUCUACGUCACAUAAAGAAUCGAAACAGUGCCGAUGUGGCCGAGCUUGAGAGAAAAUACAGCAUGAAUGGUACGCCGCCGAGCACUUCUAGUCCGAUGGAGAGGUCGAAGAAGUUGUCGUUCUGCCUGCCCAGUCGACACGUUAAUCGAUACUCUUGUCAGUCAAUCUAUUUCGAUGCACUCGAUCUGUCGGAGGGUGAAGAUCAAGAUGACAGUUCAGACGAAAGUUUACCGUUUCAUUCUCCCCUAACAGGACCCUCACCGACAGACCUCAAUGAAUUCGCUUAA